AUGAUGGUUAUGGUUAGGAACUCCAGGGCCUCCACCCUUAGGGAGGCAAUUGAAGAAGCGAAAGUCAUGGAAAUGGUUUAUGCUAAAGGAAGAGAAGAGAAGGGGGCAAGUGGUGAGACGAGGAAGUGGGAAAAUCAGUACGCACCUUCCAAGAUACCAAGUCAUCUCAACAACAGCAAACAGGGAGUUUACCCUAAACAAGAGGCUAGGUGGUGCUCCAAAUGCCGCACUAAACACCACGACCCGUGCACCACCAACCCUACUCCUGCAAAAUGUUUUAAAUGUGGGAAGCCAGGCCACACGCGAAAUGAAUGUCCUAUCAAAGGACCCAUCUGUUUUGGAUGCGGGGAGCCAGGUCACUUCAGGAGUUGUUAG